GUCAUUGACCGGCGCCGGAAAAACUUCCAGCCCUCACCGCGAAUCGCGGGAUGUCUUUAGGAUAAAUUUGACGUGCGUGGAGAGACUUGUAUCCGUGCCCAGUGUCCGCCACCGCGGAUGGCAAGGGACCUGAUUGGACCGGCGCUGCCGCCUGGCUUCAAGGCCCGCGGGACAGCAGAGGACGAGGAGCGGGACCCCAGCCCAGUUGCAGGACCAGCUCUGCCCCCUAAUUAUAAAAGCAGUAGUUCAGACUCAUCAGACAGCGAUGAAGACAGUAGUUCUUUGUAUGAAGAAGGAAAUCAAGAAUCUGAAGAAGAUGACACUGGUCCAACUGCAAGAAAACAGAGGAGAAAUCAGGAUGAUGAUGAUGAUGAUGAUGAUGGGUUUUUUGGACCAGCCCUUCCUCCUGGAUUUAAAAAGCAGGAUGAUUCUCCUCCAAGGCCUAUAAUAGGCCCUGCAUUGCCACCUGGUUUCAUUAAAUCUACACAGAAAAGUGACAAGGGCAGAGAUGAUCCAAGACAACAGGAAACAGAUAGCAGUGAAGAUGAGAACAUUGUUGGACCAAUGCCUGCAAAAGAACCAGUUAACUACAGUAUAACAACGGAGUUUGAAAAAAGGGCCCAGAGAAUGAAAGAAAAACUGACUAAAGGAGAUGAUGAUUCAUCUAAACCAAUUGUAAGAGAGUCAUGGAUGACGGAGCUUCCUCCGGAAAUGAAAGACUUUGGUCUUGGGCCAAGAACUUUUAAGAGAAGAGCUGAUGACAAAUCUGGAGAUCGAUCAAUCUGGACAGACACUCCAGCUGACAGGGAAAGGAAAGCUAAGGAAACACAAGAAGCAAGGAAGUCAUUCAAUAAGAAGGAUGAAGAACAUACAUUGUCAGGAAGAGAUAAGAGAUUGGCUGAGCAGGUAUCCUCAUAUAAUGAAUCAAAAAGAUCAGAAUCUCUUAUGGACAUUCAUCAUAAAAAAUUAAAGAGUAAGGCUGCUGAAGAUAAAAAUAAGCCUCAAGAGAGAAUACCAUUUGACCGUGAUAAGGAUCUCAAGGUUAAUCGGUUUGAUGAAGCUCAGAAAAAAGCCCUAAUAAAGAAAUCUAGAGAACUAAACACCAGAUUUUCACAUGGCAAAGGCAAUAUGUUUUUAUAAGGGGAUUUCCCUGUGCAAUGAAGAAAAGUUGAAGAAUACUCUUGUCUGUCUGUCCACCUUUAUUCCUUUGUUUUGGACUUCUUAAGAUUAGAGAUUACUUUAAUCUUAAAAACUAUACAAACUUACCUUGCUCUGUGUGUCCUUUAAGGUCACGUGGAAACAUAAAAUUCAUGUUAGUUGUGUAGAAUAGGAUAUUUUGUGUGCCUUUGGCUUCUGAGGAAGUAUGGUCUUUCCUUCAGAUAAUUAUUUUGAGGGUCCCCCUGAUCUUUGUGGUGUCUCACAAGUACCCUCUAAGAUCUGGUCAGGACUACCCUCUGAAUCUCUACACAGCCUGGACCUCCUCGUCAAAUAUACUUAACCUGUCUAAGUGUGUCAAGUCCUUGAAUUUGAGAUUGGUUGGUUUUUCCCUCUAAACUACAGCCAGUGAAUACAAAUUUAUGUGAAAAUAGAGGGUGUGGCAUUUUGUCUGUUUUGUUAUCAGUUUGUUUGUUUUAGCACUCAGGGCUUUUUAUUUGUUUUGGGGUUUUUUUUUGUUUUUUUUUUAAGUCAAAAAGAGAGCUCUCUGGGUUAUUUCAUAUGCCAAGGAAAAGCUUUGAUUUUUCCAACUUUAAUAACAAGUAUUACUUGGGGAGGCAAUCGGAGGGACAAGAUAAUGCCAUUAACUGUUAGCAGGAUGGGAUCUUUAAGACUCAGUCUCUAAUGAUCUCAACCAAAGCUUUCUGAGGUCCUAGAACUUUGCUUUGGGAUGGGCUUACUUUACCCAUUUAUAUACUGUACUUAACAGUUUGUAACUAAUUUAUUGGGGUCAAAUCUUUUAUAACAAUCAUGAACAGCCUUUUUUAAGAAAUUAAACUAAUAAAUCCCUGAAUACAAAAAUGGAAAUGGAAAAUCUGUCGUCAUAAGCCACCCUAAUUGGUAGCCAUUAUGUUUGUAAUGCUUUGAGCACUGCCUCUUAAGAUGUCAAACAGGAACUUCUAUUUAAACUAUUAAACUAUUGUUACAUAAAGCCUAAAUGCAAAUUCUGUAAGUUAUAUUUUCUUGCAGAUUAAUCCCAAUUGUUAAUGCUAGUUCUGUGUUCUAGUUUUGAUGAAGCACAAGGUUUUAAUGGAAAAAGAUUCUGACUCCCAGUUCAUGUAAGCUUUAUGAAAAUGAGUAACGCAUUCACAUUAUGGUACAAAUUAUUCUCCUUUUAAUAAUAGAAGUACAAUGUAUUUUUUCAUGACAUCAGUGUAAAGCCUACUAAAGGAGAAUUGCCAUUAAGAAGAUGAAUAAUUAAUUCUCUUAAGCAAAUUGAAAAGCUUCUUGUCUAAGCAGAAUUGAACAUAGCUACUUUUUAACUAAAGAUGUCAUUUUUAAUGGGUAAUAUUUUCUGAACACAAAACUUUGUAUAAGAGAGUCUCCAUUGUGUUCAUUUGAUUUUGCUAUAAAUUUUUUUCCAAUGAAAGGAAAAAAUGUUUUCUAGUUCUUCAUCCUUAUAUAAAUUCCUAAUAUAUAUUUUUGAGAAAUUGGUAUUUUUUAAAGUAAAAAUUCAUCUUGGGAUGCU